CCAAUGCGCCGAUGGCAACAGAUAAGUAAAAAGUGAGCUCCUCGGACGCACGACAACACACCAACUGAAGUGGAAAGCGGCUCCUGUUCUUCUCUUUAUCCCAUUUCGGGCACUGCGUACAAGGCGGUCCGGCUUCAGACUGCUGCAGGACUGAAUCAAAAGCAACAGCUAAGAAGAUAAUCGCGCCUUUGCCUCUAUCGCCACUAUCAUUAUUCGAUUUUUUUUCUUUAUGACACAAAUUUAGUACCUAACUUACUAUUUUUUAUAGGUGGAAAAGCAAUUCUGUUUUUGUUUUCCGUCUCGAAGAUUAAAUUUAACUAAUGACGGCAGAGGUUCAGCAGCCCCCAGCACAGACUCCUGCCCAGAGCAGCCCGAUGUCUGCUCCGGAGAAGCCACACGGACAAACGGUGGUGAUGGAAACUGCCUCCUCCACUACGAAAACCAAAAAGACAAACGCAGGGAUCCGACGACCAGAGAAACCACCUUAUUCCUACAUAGCUUUAAUAGUUAUGGCUAUUCAGAGCUCUCCAACAAAACGCCUGACCCUCAGUGAAAUAUAUCAGUUUCUACAGAGCCGCUUCCCGUUUUUUCGAGGCUCGUACCAAGGAUGGAAGAACUCCGUGCGUCACAACUUGUCCCUGAACGAGUGCUUCAUUAAGUUGCCCAAAGGCCUCGGUCGACCGGGGAAAGGACACUACUGGACUAUUGACCCGGCUAGUGAGUUUAUGUUCGAGGAAGGCUCCUUCAGAAGGAGACCCAGGGGUUUUAGGCGCAAGUGCCAGGCGCUGAAGCCCAUGUACAGCAUGAUGAACGGCCUGGGAUUCAACCACAUCCCCGAGUCUUACAACUUCCAAGGGAGCGGCGGGGGCCUAUCCUGUCCGCCCAACAGUUUGUCUCUGGACAGUGGGAUUGGGAUGAUGAAUGGACACUUGGCAGGUAACAUGGAAGGGAUGGGUCUGUCCGGACACUCCAUGUCACACUUGUCGACCAACAGUGGACAUUCCUACAUGGGAAGUUGUACAGGAUCCACUGGGAGUGAUUAUCCCCACCACGACAAUUCCGCCUCCCCUCUGCUCACCAGCGGAGGAGUCAUGGAGCCUCAUCCCGUAUACUCGAGUUCAGCCUCUGCGUGGGCUCCAGCCCCUUCGGCCUCAUUGAAUAACGGGGCUUCCUACAUCAAGCAGCAGCCUCUGUCCCCCUGUAAUCCAGGAGCGAACCCACUGCAGCCAAGUUUGCCCACACAUUCACUAGACCAACCAUACCUGCACCAGAAUGGCCACAGCACCACAGAUUUACAAGGUAUUCCUCGGUACCAUUCCCAGUCUCCCAGCAUGUGUGACCGAAAGGAGUUCGUCUUCUCGUUCAACGCCAUGACUUCCUCAGCCAUGCACUCACCGAGCAGCGGCUCCUACUAUCACCACCAACAGGUCUCCUACCAGGACAUUAAGCCCUGCGUGAUGUGAUGUCCUCCGUGGACAGUCUAGAGACUAGAAGAUGGUGUCACAGACUUGAGCCAUGAAGCAAAACGGACUGAAAUGAACAACGAAUGAGUAAACUACCACUGAGAGGCAUGCCCCAGUCCUGGAGAGUGCUCACUGCUUCAAGUAGAUUGGACUACUUCUCUGUGCUGUUACACACAGGGACAGAGACACGGAGACAGGCCAAUUAUAAAGCAACCACAUAAUAAUAUAUAAUAAUAAUUAAAAACAAACUCUUUUAUGCCAUCUUCAUCAACAUCGACCAGCGGGGUAAAGCGUGGGCGUAAGACACCCUGCUGUUGUUUGGGUACUUAGUCCUGCAGAGCGGAUGACUACCACUUCACACUUUUGUUCUUGUGUAUUCAUCUUGUUAAAGUAGGUCAAUGUUUAAAAAAAAGAAAAAAAAAAAAAAAAAAGCAAAAAA